GAGGGCAGUGCGAGCGCAGCGGCUCUCAGCGCUCGAGACAAGCACCAUUCAUCUGACCGCGGGCACACACCUGGUCGGGACCGAGGAGAACAGUUUAACCACGGAAACAGCUCCGCACAGCACCCGGGUUAAUCACUUAAGGAAUGUGGUGCCAUUAGGACGGGAGCCGAGAGCUGAAAGUUCAUAUCAACUUCAACUUUUAACUUAAUUUUCACCAACUUGGCGUGAAAGGAGGGACUUAUCAAGAAGGGAUCAUGGCCACAGGCGGAUUUAAGUCAAACGCUACGACAGACUUUCUGGAGGAAUGGAAGGCAAAACGGGAGAAAAUGAGAGCCAAAAUGCUGGGGGACAUUGCCGCAGCGACCGGUGCUCCCUUGGGCUCCAGUAACACAAACAGCAGCAGCCGCCACGCCGCUCCGCCGGGCACCGAGCUCACCAACAACGGAAACCCGGAGCGAAGCGCCUCCUCUGGGAACUGCCUCCCCUCCUCCUACUCGGUGGCUCGGUCCUCCUCCGGCACGGUUCUAAAGAGACCCGAGGAGGAAACGCACCACCCUGCCGCUCACCCUCCUGCACCCACUUCCACCCCGGUGAGCAACCUGAAGAAGGCCCCGCCUCAGACGGAGAAGGCUCAGUGCGCUUCCCCGGACUCCAGCCCCAUGGCUUGCAAUGACAGCGACAAGGAAAGUCCAUCACCCAGCAAGGGCAAGGAGAAGAAGAGCACCGGCCCCAGCGCCAGGAAGGGGAAAGGACAGAUAGAGAAGAGGAAGUUGAGGGAAAAGAGGAGAUCAACAGGUGUUGUCAGCAUACCAUCCAAUGAGAGCCUGGAUGAGCUGGACGAUGACGACGCAGGGGAGAAGGACAGGAGGGAGGAGGAGGAGCUGGUGCAAGCCAACACUUUCCAGAACGAGUCCAUGACAGCCGACCCUUCCACCGGCCACCUAAUGGAUACUCCGAGAUGUGGGAGCAGCCGGCACAAGAGCUCUGCAGGACCGGGGGGGUCCGAGGAGGAGGUGGGUGGGAACAGCAGGCAACGACACAACCGCCACGGCAGAGAUGGAGGUCUGGAGAAAAGGAUGGAGGAGCUGGAGAAGGUUUUGGCCAGAGAGCGUCAGGAGAACGCCAGGUUGCUGAAGGCCCAUCAGGACAAAGACGACCUCAUCGGGAAGCUGAAGGAGGAAAUUGACUUGCUGAACAGAGACCUGGAUGACAUUGAAGACGAGAAUGAGCAACUCAAACAGGAGAACAAGACUCUGCUGAAGGUGGUGGGUCAGCUGACAAGGUAGAACCGCUCUGCACAGCCCGGACCCGCCGCAAACAACCCAGCACCCCCCCCCGUUCUCUCACCUCCUCCUGCCCUGGGUCAAGUCCACCAUCGCGGCCUUUUCUUCUGUUUGAUUCUGUCUGUUAGAGCUGAAACUGUAAAGUAG